AUGUCGUCAGAAACGCUUCCAGAACUGCCAGCUCCCCUGGGGAACCUGGUCAGGCACAUUGCCGAGCACCCUGAUACGCCCAUGGUUCAGUUGAUGAAGCCGUACCGGGAUUAUGAGGCUCAUCUUCGCCAGGCUUUUGCUCAGAACCCUGACCAUGAGCUGCUCAAGGAUCAUCAUGUCAACAUAUUGCCUCUUUUUACCGACGAUACCCCCAGCAUAAAGGUACGCGCCCGCGAUAUUACGAAUGAGUCGGCAGAGGAGUCAUCAAAGUAUGUUAUGCCCCUGCCAAAGGACCUACGCCGCCCGGACAAGUCGCCCGCCGUUGUUCAGUCGUUCAAGGACUUUCAACGCAACUUCAAUGUCUUCUCCGAGUCGUCCCUUAUUGAUUUGGACUGGAACAACAUUGUCGCUGCCGGCUCCUCUGUUGUUAACUGUCUUCUUCCUGUCCCGGAACACUAUAACCGCUCCAAGAGAGGCCUCCGCGAUUUCUUUCACGAAAAGUUCAGCCCUGCCUCUGAUGUCGAUCUGUUCAUGUACGGCCUCACCGAAGAGCAAGCCAUCGAGAAGAUCAAAGACAUUGAAGCCCGGGUCAGGGACUCUCUUCUUACCGAGACCACCAUUGUGAGAACCAAGCAUGCUGUCACUAUUUGCAGCCAGUAUCCCACGCGUCACAUCCAGAUUGUUCUUCGCAUCUAUAAGUCCGUCUCGGAAAUUCUCACCGGCUUCGAUAUUGAUUGCUCCGGCGCUGCCUAUGACGGCAAGCAAGUGUAUUGCACCCCUCGGGCUCUGCAGUCCUACAUUACCCAGACAAACCACAUUGACCUCUCCCGGCGGAGCUCAUCGUACGAGAACCGCUUUUCCAAAUACAGCCACCGGGGGUUCGAAGUGUACUGGUCUGAACUUGAUCGAUCCCGUAUUGACCCAACCAUUUUCGAACGGAGCUUCCGCCGGACCGUCGGGCUUGCUAGGCUUCUCGUCCUUGAGCAGCUGCCAACCCCGUCAGCACGAGACUCGUACCUCAACCAGCGAAGGGAGGAGAGAGGCCGCCCUCGUAUCAACCGCUAUCUUCUCAACCUCCAUACCUUGAAUGGCAACAUCAAGGAUGAACACGAGGACGAGAUUGCCGACUGGGUUAAUGAAGAAGAGGUCUCUAAAUAUCACACCUUUUCCAUUCCCUACGGACCAAGGUUCCACGCAAAGAGAAUCGAGAAGCUCUGCUAUACCAGAGAUCUGUUGCUCAAUGCCGAAUGGAACCAACACGAUGACAAUAGAAAGAAGGAGGUUGCGGAGAAGGAAGACAAAAUCUACGUCUCGGGCACAAUCACCUUUCUCAAGGAUGACCCGGGCAGACAGGCAAUUGUAGAUGGCGAUGUUGAGCACGUUGAAGACUGGAUUGCCCAGGAAGGUGCCAAUCUUGACGCUAGAGAUUAUACUGGCAGAACUCCCCUUCACCUUGCUGUUAUGUGUUCCUCGCCCGAGGUGGUCCGUUGUCUCGUCAAUGCCGGCGCUCGCCUUGUCUCUCGUCUUGCUGAUGGAAGAACGGCGCUUCACCUCGCGGCUGCGCGUGGUGACGGCGAGAUUAUCAAAAUCCUCAUGGAGAAGAGUGCCGCAAAUGAGGGAGAGUACGAAGAGAAGGAAGAUCAGCGUCGUCGAAGCAAGAGUGCAACAGAGGACCAGAAGGCAGAAGGACAAGAAGACACAGAGGAUAACGCGUCAUCCGAUGGAGAACUUGUCGAAGAAGACGAGUCCGACAACGAAGCGAAAAUUAUGGCGACCGGCUCUUUCGUUAGGGUCGAAUCCAAGACUAUGCCACCGGAUGAGCUCGUACCGGUUGAGGACAAAGAGGAGCCGAACUUUUACGACGUUAAUGUGGUCGCUUGGGAUACGCCAUGCUCGGCUUUGCACUUUGCGAUCAUGGAGGGACAAGUAGAAGCGGUCAAAGCACUAUGCCAGGGGCUAAUAGCGGUAUUCAAGGAACACGGAGCCGAUGCUCUGCUGCCUGUGAAGUUCUUGGACAACGAGAAGAGGCCAUCUGGUGCGCUGCUGACUCUAGUGCUUGCCCUUGCCCUUCCUGUUGAGGAAGCAGUGGAGAUGGCCGAGACUCUCUUGAGUCUUGGUGUCUCUUCAGCUCAGGCAGACAUGAACAGCAUUACUGCCUUCCACCGUUAUGCUGAGCAGAAUGCCGAGUCUUUGCUCGAUGCCCUCGUCAAUAUUGAUACAAUCGGAACCAAGACGGCAAUUAAUCACAUCGCUUUUCCAGAUUCCCAUAACUCAUCGACGCCCCUUCAUGCUGCCCUUCGAAGCGGCAAUCUCGGCGUGGUAUUGAAGCUAUUUGACAAUGGUGCUGUGCCUCAAGUGGACUUCGAGUCGUGGCUCAAAUCAGCAAAACUCUUCACCAAGAUGGAGCAGCAUCUAAGCGGCUUUGAGGUCAAUCAGAAACGCUUUAAUCAGACGAUGGAACAGCCGUUACUAGUCGCACUCAAGUCUCCCAACCCGGCAGCAGCCCUUGUGCUUCUGGAGAGGGGAGCAGAUCCAAACGCCAUCACCCCUAGCUCACAUUCCUAUCUUGGGGGGUCGAUGUACUCGCGGUUUGAACCGGAAUCAGCCUUGGACAUUGUCAAGUCACAGCUCAUGGCACUUCGGGAGUACCUAGGCGAGGUCCAGACACUCUCCCGGCCUAGCCUACCAAAGGGUAUUGACACUUACCUCGACAACUUCAAGGAUGGGACUUAUCAGCAUUGGCUUGUAUCUGUCGCAAUUGAUGAGGCCCGGAAGUCAUAUCGCAAGCAGAUCAAAACAUACGAGAAGGAAGAAGAACGCCUCAGCAAUUCCCCCGGCGUUUUGGAAAAAAAGACUGCUAUUGCCGAGGCUAUCCACACCAUGGAGGAGGUCCGGCAGGCAAUGCUUGAAAGGGACGCAAAGACCUUCAUGGAAUUACAUCCUGAGUAUGUGGACCGCUUCGCGCACCUGUCUUAUCAGAACGCGAUGAAAAUCGCCCAAGCGCAGAAGCCUUUCGAUGUCAAUUUCAUAUUCAGCGGUGUAAGCGAUAUGACCGAGGCACGGAAGGUUGCAUAUGUCCAACUGUUCGAGGCUGCCUGGGCUGGCGACUUGGAGAGAAUCAAGACCUUCACUCUCACAACGUGGGAUGAGUACAAAAUAGAAGCCCCACUCAAGAUUGCUGUGUAUAGCCAGAAUCAGGGCAGCCAUACUCCGUUUUCCCUGGCAUUCUUCCGCGGCCACCUCAAUGUCGCCAAGGCAAUCCUAGAGAUCACGCAGGCCCAGUACUCCCCAGACGAGAAACGCAAGACACGCCUUAGGAUGGAGCAGGACGACGAUUGUGGCGACGAUGAGUCCGUUGGCAGCAAUGACUCUGAACCGAGACUCUAUAGUGAAAUUGUCGAUAACGAAUUCACAAUUGAGAAUGUCGGACAAGUUUCAAUGAAGGUCAAGAGCGACGUCAAGCCUCAGGACUUUUUGAACUGGUACUGCAUUGAAGUAGGCAAAGAUGCCAAGCUGAGUCCUAGGACCAGGACUAUGUUUUAUCAUAUCAUCCAGAGGAACGAUAUCAAUGGCUUGAGGAUCCUCCUGGAUUGGGCUGAAUACUUCACUACUUCAAAGUUUAGCCCAGACGACGAGGUUCUGCGCUUCUACUCGUUCCCCGACGACGACUUCCGCAUUGCUGUCGAGUUGGGCCGCACCGAGAUUCUAGCUGGGAUCAUUAGAAGAACCGGUGCCGGUCUGCCCCUAGAACAGCUCGUAAAGAAUAGCGGUGUUGAGCUGACGGAGAUACCAGUCUAUUAUCAGGGCCUGACUGUGAAGGAAUGGGCAAGCACGGCAAGCGCCGGCCGCGAUGCUGUCUACUCUCCGACUGGAUCUGAGACCUCACCCCUUUUGAUCGGGGCCGAGGCAGGGCGUAUCGAGACCGUUGAGUGGUUUCUUACCGAUAUCCCUUCGAGACACUACCUUGAUUUUGCCAAAUCAAAAGCAGCCCGAGACGAUAAGAGGCUGAAGCAUCUAGCCCAAUCCCCUGGGGGUGUUGACGGUGCCAUCUCGAAGUGGCUCAGCAACCAGAGCGAUUUGGUUAUACAUGCUGCCGUCUGUUGCCCUGAGAAUGAGAAGACUAUUGAGCUGGUGUCAUAUCUUGUCGAAACAUGUGCCUCAUCGCUUGACAAGAAGUCCGGAGAAGGAACGACACCUCUAAUGGUUGCAUGCCAUAACGGCCGUGUUGAGUUCGCCAAGAUUUUGAUCGAGGCUGGAGCGGACCAGAUAACCAGAGAUAUCUCUGCCCGUAACCUCUUACAUGCGGCUCUCUACUGGAAUCCCACUGCCAAGCAGCUGAAGCCGCUUCUAGAUCUAUUCGACCGCAGCGUCCUGGCCCAUAUGUUGCAAGAGCGUUCUCGGACCCAAACACCCAUCCAAUUCUGGCUCGCAGCAAGACACACUUCAUGCUUCCCGAAUCGGUACGACAACACGAAGGACGAACUCGAAGUGCUGAAGCUGCUUCUCAAUAUAGCACCUGAGGUCGCCGCAAAGGCGUUAACGGUGCUGAACGGUGCUGGCGACACGCCGCUUCAUUUCCUCACCCAGAAAGAUGCGGGCCCUGUUCUGGUCCGCACCAUCAUCGAUUUCAGCCCCAGCCUGCUGCUACGGGUAAAUGCGGUUGGCCGAACCCCCGUUGAGGUCGCCCACGACCGCUUCGUCUCAAGCAGGAUUAAAGAGGAGUUCGCAAAGCCCUACCACUCCAUAAACAAAACACUCGAGUUAGUAUCCCGGGCGCCAGCAACUUUUCUCGAGAAGGAAGACGACAACGGAACAAGGGAGCACGAGGAAAAAUCCAAUGUGGCCAAGAACUGGCGGCUGUGCACCGAGAUGCUGGGCCGCCUUGGGAGCACCAAGAGACGACUGGUCAGCCUCAGCGAGGCCAAUGAUGUGGCGAAGAGGCUGAGCAAAGAGCAUACCCGGAAGCGCUACAACUACACCUUGGCGACGCCGGAAGAGGGCUCAGAGGGGGCGGAAGAAGGAAAGUGGGGUGGGCAGAGCAGGAGAACCGUAGACUUUGUGUUGCGGAAAAUGGACUUACUAUCGACUGGCUUCUGGGAAGAGCCAAAGACGGCGGAUCGCAAUGUCGAGGGCGGCGAUGACACUGACGAAGAAGAGAGCUAG